UAGCAACGGCAGAUUCCCGUUAUUUUAAAUCACAGGUGCUGUUUGAUGCCGCUCACGUUAACCUUAUAACUCGAAUUUGUUUGAUUAACGUUAUCCGUGGAAAAUAUGUCAGAAAACGAUAAAACGUGUUUGCCGUUAAUUAUAUAUUAUAUGAGGGAGAAAUUCUUCAGACAUGCCAUAAAUACAGCUGUGAAGAAUUUAAAGUUGUAUAGUAAUGAUCCAGUGCUUCGUUUCUUCAAAGCUUUCGCAACUCUGAUGGAAGGUCACAUUCAAGAGGCUUUGCGCGAGUUCGUCCAGCUGAAAGAUCAUCCACAUCUGUCUCUGUGCUCAACAAUAGCUCUCAUGUGCGCACACAAACGUUGCGAAACCAUUGAUCGAGAUGCUGUGAAUGAGCUGAACUCUGACCUGAAGCUGUCUGGAUCCACAGCCGGUGACAGAGCGUUGUAUUACGCAGCGCUGCUUUACUGGAUCCUGGAGCUGAACCACAAAGCAAAAGCAUGUGUCAAAAGGAUGCUGAAACUCAAUGAUGCGUCACCAGAGGGGCUCAUUCUCAAAGGCUGGAUAGUGUUGACCUCUGACACGGAAGAGAACAGACAUCAGGCCAUACGUUACUUUGACAGCGGUGUUCGGGACUCGGGAAAUGUAUUUGGACUCAUGGGAAAAAUUGAGUUCUUCAUGGCGAAGCAGAAUGAGCAGUGCGCUCUGGACAUUGCCAAUCAGAUCAUAGUCUCUCAUCCAGACUUCAGCCCGGCACUCGUGGUGAAGAUGAAGCUGUUCAUGUCUCUGCGGGACUGGGAUCAAGCAGAGGACGUCGCCCGGAGAGUUCUGGAGAGAGACGGGCAUGAUCUGAAAGCUCUUCAAAUGAUGGCCGUUAUUGCUGCGGCUAAGGAUGGAAAUAUGGAGAUGGUGAAAGAGCGUCUUCAAGCUUUAAUGAACGCAGUUGAGAUCUCUGAGCCCAGUAAUCCCAGCCUGCAUCUGGAGAUCACAGCACCCAUCAGCCGACUGUGUGGACACAACACCGAGAUCCUUCAGAUGUUGACUGUGUUUGUGCGUCGGCUUUCGUCACGUGCACCAGCAUCUGAUGUCCUCUGCGAGCUCGGCGAUCUGCUCAGUCUCCAAGACAAGAAUAAAGAUGCACAUGAAUGCUACUCUGCAGCACUGAAAACAGACCCCAAAUGCACAUCAGCGUUAGUAGGCACGAUCAGAUGCCAGCUGACGUGUGAUCAGCUUGAAGAAGCCGCCCAACAGCUCGCGUUCUUCUGCGAAGUGCAGGAGUCUCUUGGAAACGUAGCGGAAGUUGCUCUGCUGAAGGCCAUUUUGUCCAGGAAGCAGAAAGCAGACGAGGAGACUGUGAUCCAGUUUCUGAAAGACUCCGCACAGCUUCAUUUCUCUGCUCUGCGGGGCUUAAGUUAUGGUGUCGAAUACCUGCAGAUGCUCGACCUCAAUUUCCUCCUGCGAAUAGUGCGCAUGCACCUGGAGUCCAAGCAGGAUUUUCUCCUAAUUCCUGGACAACCUCCACCAUUUUGGCUCAAACACGCAGAUAUGAUCUUAGAAACGAUCGUCAAAGCCAUUCCUGGCAUAUCAGCGAGCUGUUACUAUAUGGCCUACGUCAAGUUCCUUCUAGGCGAUCACAGGACAGCCCAGCAGCUUCUGAACCUGUGCAUGGAGAAGGAGCCGACCGUGCCGGAGGUCCACCUUCUGCAGGCCCGACUGCACCUGAGCGUUGGAGACCACAGCUCGUGUCUGAGCGGCCUGGAGGCUGGAGUCAGCGUCAACUUCCAGGUUCAAGAUCGGUUCCAGUUCAAUCUGCUCAAAUCCCGCGCUCUGCUGAGGUCUGGAGACCUGAAGAACGCUAUUCAGUGCCUGAACAUCACAAUGAACAUGACAGGGGUCCGCAGGCCCUCAGUCACCAGCAGUGAGCGAGUGUCUGUGUACCUGGAGCUCACAGAGGCCCUGAGACUCAACGGACAACAGCACGAGGCCACUAAAGUUCUGCAAGACGCCAUUCUGCUCUUCAAAGGGACACCAGAGGAGACGCGUGUCAUGCUUGCUAAUGUGGAUCUGGCUUUGGGGAGAGAUGAUGUGGACGCCGCUGUGGCCAUCCUGAAAACCAUUCUGCCGAAUGAAUCAACCUACAUCCAAGCCCGCGAGAAGAUGGCUCACAUUUACCUGGAGAGGAGAAGAAACCACAAGCUUUACAUUGCAUGUUACAGAGAAAUAAGUGAGCGGCUUCCUGGACCUCAUACUAGCAUCUUGCUGGCUGAUGCCUUCAUGAACAUACACCAGCCAGAGGAAGCGGUCAAGAUCUACCAAGCAGUAGAGAAGAUGGCUCCUGAACACACAUUAGCCAAGAAAAUAGGCCAGGCUUUAGUGAAGGCUCAUGAAUAUCUCAAGGCGGUGAGCUACUAUGAGACGGCUCUGAAGACCGAUGCGCUGGACUGUUGUUUGAGUGUUGAGCUGUCCGACCUGCUUCUUAAACUCAAACGAUUGGAGGAAGCUCAGCAGGUCCUGGAGAAGGCCUUGGAACAUCAACCUACUACUGCAUUGACUACAAUGAUGAAUGAUGUAAAAGUGUUACGACUUUUAGUAAAAGUCCUACGGGCCAAGAACGAGUCCGCUCUGGACGUCGUGCAAAAGGCACAUGAUAUCCAGAAAAAAGUAGUUUGCCGUGUUACAAACGAGCAUCCAGCAGAAUUACAGGAAGAGAAGAAGUUGUUAUCGUCCAUCUGUUGUGACUGGGCUCGUGAGUUUCAUCUCAAACACGACCUGGAAAUGGCCAAACUACACUAUACAGACGCUUUAAAUCACAGCCCGGACGAUGAAGAGAUCAUCUUUCAUCUCGCUCAGUUACACUAUGAGCAUCAGAAACUGGACUAUAGCGAGGAACUGUGUGUGAAGAUUCUGCAGCUCAACCACACACACACCGCUGCCUCAAUGCUGUUGGCUGAUGCAUUAUUUUGGAAGAACCAAAAAGAGGAAGCAGUCGAGAUGUAUGCUUGUGUAAUGGAGCGGAACCCAGACAACUUUCAUGCCAUGGCCAAGUUUCUGCACGUCCUGCGCAGGAUGGGGAAGCUAGACGACGUCCCGUCUGUUUUUGAGGCGUGUGAGAAGUUCAGUCCGCUGUCGGUCCGAGAGCCAGGGUUUCAUUACUGCAAGGGGUUUUACUUCUGGCACACCUACCAUGUGACCGAGGCCCUGACACACCUGAACCGGGCCCGAGGAGACGCGGACUGGGGAGAGCCAGCCGUAGAGCUGAUGGUCCAGAUCUGUCUGAACCCUGACAGGGAUGUCUUAGAUGACGGACCGAAGGACUUGAGCGAGUCAGAGAAUGACAUGCGACUGAGCACAGCUCAAAAUCUGCUGUCGAUGUUUCGCCCGCGCUGUAAAUCUGAGCAGGACAAACUCAGGCUGCUGUCUAACCUGUGCCGGAUCUACAGUAAAGACGACAGACAUGUGGAGAGGGCCGUGCUGGAGCUCACACACACACUGGCCAACAACGUGAUGUUGGAGGCAUCUUUGCUGGCGAUGGCUCAAGGUUUGCUUCAGCUCAAACAGAUUCCCAGAGCCAGAAACUCCCUGAAACGCCUCACCCGGAUGGAGUGGACCGACGCAAACGCUGAUCACUUGGAGAACGCAUGCCUGCUCUUGGCUGACAUGUACAUAAAGCUGGGAAAACACAAUCACGUGGACAGACUGCUGGACAGCUGCAUACGACACAAUAAGUCGUGUAGUAAAGCGUACGAGUAUCGUGGUGUGAUGAUGGAGAAGGAGCAGAGAUACAGAGAUGCAGCGCUGCAGUUUGACCUGGCCUGGAAAUACAGCAACAGAGCGGAUCCUGCAGUCGGAUUCCGGCUCGCCUUCAACUGUCUGAAGUGCAGGAACUACACGCAGGCCGUGGAUGUGUGUCGUCAGGUUCUGCAUCAGCGUCCAGAUUACCCACAAAUCCACAGUGAGGUUCUGACCCGAGCUCAGCUCUCGCUCCGUCUGUGAUGUCAUUUCCCUUGUGAAACACUGACAUUGAGAGAUGUUAGUUAGAGAGAUAUUUAUUAGUUUUAAAGGUUUUAUGUUUAUGUGCCA